AUGGAUGAAUCACAAUUUACAGAUAACGCAUUGAAGAUUAUUACAAAUGCUACUCAAUUAGCUAAAGACAAUGCUCAUACUCAGUUAACUCCAUUGCACUUUUUAGCAGCAAUGGUACCAACUGAUGAUGAGAAUUCGACACAAUAUCUUAAGACAUUGAUUCAAAAAGCCAGAUAUGAAUGGCCUACUUUUGAAAGGAAUGUGAAUAAGCAUUUGGUUAGAUUACCAUCGCAAACUCCUGCACCAGAUGAUAUAAGGCCCAGUUAUGCAACUGGACAAGUAUUAACCAAUGCUACGAAAAUAAAAACACAACAGAAAGAUAAUUAUGUAGCUCAAGACCAUUUGUUGUUGGCAUUGUUAGAGGACAGUUCAAUUAAAGAUGUUUUCAAAGAAAGUGGAAUUAAUGUUGAUAGCAUCAAGACUCAGGCCAUUGAAUUGAGAGCUGGCCAGAGAAUUGAUUCAAGACAAGCGGACUCUUCUUCGUCGUAUGAAUUCUUGAAUAAGUACUGUGAAGACUUAACAGAGAAGGCUAGGGAAGGUAAAAUAGAUCCUGUCAUAGGAAGAGAAGAAGAGAUCAGAAGAGUUAUUAGAGUCUUGGCCAGAAGAACCAAAUCGAACUCUGUUUUGAUUGGUGAAGCUGGUGUUGGUAAGACAUCAAUUGUUGAAGGUGUUGCACAAAGAAUCAUUGAUGGUGAUGUUCCAAAUAUUUUAGCCAAUUCCCGUUUAUUUGCCUUAGAUUUAGGUGCUUUGACCGCAGGUGCAAAGUACAAAGGUGAAUUUGAAGAAAGAAUUAAGGGUGUUUUGAAUGACAUUGAAAAAUCAAAUGAAAUGAUUAUUCUUUUCAUUGAUGAAAUUCAUAUGUUAAUGGGUGAUGGAAAAUCAGAUGCGGCCAAUUUAUUGAAGCCAAUGUUGGCAAGAGGUUCGCUUCAUUGUAUUGGUGCAACUACAUUCACUGAAUAUCGUAAGUUUAUUUCGAAGGAUGGUGCUUUCGAAAGAAGGUUUCAAAAAAUCGAAGUUCCUGCUAGUACUGUUCCUGAAACUGUCGCUAUUUUGAGAGGUUUACAACCAAGAUAUGAAAUCCAUCACGGUGUCCGUAUUUUAGAUAGUGCCUUAGUCACAGCUGCUCAAUUAGCUUCAAGAUAUUUAACAUACAGAAGUUUGCCUGAUUCUGCUGUUGACCUUAUAGAUGAAACUGCAGCCACGGUUGCUGUAGCAAGAGACUCUAAACCAGAAGAAUUGGACACUUUGGAAAGACAAUUGCACUUAAUUGAAGUUGAGAUUAAUGCAUUAGAAAGAGAUGUUGAAGCUGAUGCUGAUUCCAAAGACCGUCUUGAAGUUGCAAGAAGAAAGAAGGCCGAAUUGGAAGAACAAUUAGGACCAUUAAGAGAAAGAUUCAACCAAGAACGUGCAGGCCAUGAAGAGUUAAUUGCGGCCAAGCGUAAGUUAGAUGAAUUAGAGAUCAAGGCACAGGACGCAGAAAGAAGACAUGAUACCGCUACCGCUGCUGAUUUGAGGUACUUUGCCAUCCCAGAUGUUGCGAAACAAAUUGAAGAGUUGGAAGUAAAAGUUGCCGAAGAAGAGCAAUCUUUAGGUUCAGAAGCAAUGUUGAAGAAUGCCGUUGGUAGCGAACAAGUUGCUGAAACUGCAGCUAGAUUAACUGGUAUUCCAGUGACAAAAUUGUCUCAAGCUGAAAAUACUAAGUUGAUCAAUAUGGAAAAGGAAUUGUCUUCUGAGGUUGUCGGUCAAAGUAAGGCUGUUAAAGCUGUAUCAAAUGCUAUCAGAUUGAACCGUUCUGGAUUAGCAAACCCAAAUCAACCUGCAUCCUUUUUAUUCUUAGGUUUAUCUGGUUCAGGUAAAACCGAAUUAGCUAAAAAGGUUGCUGGAUUCUUAUUUGCAGACGAAAGAGCUAUGAUUAGAAUUGACUGUUCCGAAUUAGGAGAUAAGUGGUCUGCUUCUAAGUUAUUGGGUGCAGCUCCUGGAUAUGUUGGUUAUGAAGAAGGUGGUAUUUUAACUGAAGCUUUAUUACGUCGUCCAUAUUCAGUGGUUUUAUUUGAUGAGGUUGAGAAAGCCGCUCCUGAAGUAUUAACUGUUUUGUUACAAAUUUUGGAUGACGGUAGAGUCACUUCGUCCCAAGGUAAGUUAGUCAAUUGCUCAAAUGCAAUUAUAAUUAUGACUUCAAACGUUGGGGCAGAGUAUAUCAGUGCUUCGAAGGGCUCAGUUAUUGAUGAUAAUACCAAAGAACUUGUGAUGAAUGCUGUGAGAGGUAGUUUCAGACCUGAAUUCUUGAACCGUAUUUCAAGCACAGUUAUUUUCAAUAGAUUAUCCAAGAAAGCUAUUGCUAAAAUAGUCAAGAUCAGAUUAAACGAAAUUCAAAAGAGGUUUGCUGCUAACGGUAAAACUUUAUCCUUGGAAGUCGAUGAUGCUGCAUUGGAAUACUUGUGCAAUAACGGUUAUUCUUCUGAUCUUGGUGCAAGGCCACUUAACCGUCUUAUUCAAAACGAAAUUUUGAACCGUUUGGCUGUCUUAUUAUUAAAGGGACAGAUCAAAGACAAAGAAGUGGCCAGAGUUACCUUAGGCUCUAAAGGUUUAGAAGUGUUACCAAACCAUGAGGCUGAAGAUGAAGAUAUGGCCGAUGUCCAAGUCGACGAGUGGAAAGAUAGUGAAGAUGAAGAUGAAGACGAUGAAUUUAAUAGCUUAGCUUCAACUCCUCUUGACUAA